UAUAAGAUGUUGAAGAGAUUCUUGUCAUUGCGGUCAUCCCGCGUCAGUACUGGAAAGGGUGACACGCAUAGACAAAAGUCCUCAACGAUACAGGUGGUGGAGGAUACUUCGACGAAACAGCAUCAGCAGCAACAUCAACAGAGACAGGGACAGGCACAUUUCGAGAACAAUCCAUCAAUGAUAGAUUAUCAAUGCACAGAGAAGGCCGCACUGAUGAAUCGGUACAAUCUCACAGAGUUGCCAUUAUGUCUGUUCGUGGGCACUGAUCCUGCGCCCCAAGACAUGCAGCUGGCGCACUCAAUCGACACAUCGACCACAACUACAACGACAACAACGGCGGCAGUGUCAACAGCACCACUGUCGCCACCCGUCUCACCAAAGAAGAGCAGCGACGAGCUGCCGCAGCAGGAUGGCGCGCCAAAGUCCCCGCGCUUGCCACCUCAAUCACCACCCAGCAACAAGAUAACGGUGGCCAUUCAGGCCCCUCCCACUCUGUACUACAACACCUACCUGACCAUCUUGAUACUGGACACCAACAAGAUAACAGUCAUCCCGAGGACAAUCACACUGUUUCCCAAUCUGAUCGAGUUGUCCAUCUCGUCCAACUUGCUCACGGACAUUCCCGAAUACUUAUGCGAGCUCACCAUGUUGCAGUCGUUGCGCAUUGGCCAGAACCCUUUCCCCUCAUUCCCCCUCAACGUCUGCAAGCUGACGAGCCUCACCGAGCUCUACUUUGAAUCCAACAACAUCGACACACUCCCGCAAGACAUACUUCACCUCACCAGACUCAAGGUGCUCUCGCUCGAAGAGAACCGAUUCACAUCGAUACCCGAGUAUCUGCCGGCGACGAUCGAGCGCCUCAACCUGUCUGGCAACGACAUAUCAUUCAUCGAGUCGGGCACGCUGCCCAUGUCGCUGCUCACCAAUCUGACCGUGCUCAACCUGUCGGAGAACCAGCUGACCAAGAUCGACGACUCGUUCGUCCUCCUCUCCAACCUCAAGACACUGUUGCUCGAUUGCAACAUGAUCACACACCUGCCGGGCAACGUCGUCCAGGGCUGGCAGGCGCUGUCGUCGCUCAACAUCCCCCAUAACGAGCUGACGACGCUGCCGGCCGAGAUAGCAUUCCUGCCCAACCUGUCCGUGCUGGACGUGCGCGGCAACUGCUUCGAGCACACCAAGUCGGCGCCCGCCGAGGUCUCCUCCACCAGUGCAUUCAAGCUGGAGGACUUCAUCUCGGACAAGGAAUCAUUCAAUCUUCUCAAGCUCACAUCUGACCUCAACAGUCAUCUGGCAUCGACAAGCGAUGAGUUUGGAGGCGAUAACAGUGCAGGAGCAGGAGCAGGUGGCGACAACAGCAGCACAACAACCACAGGUGCCCUGUCUACGACAGCAGCGGCGCCACGCAUUAACGUUCAGAUUGGCGGAGGCAUUGGCAGUCAGAUGUCAGCGCCACUAAUCUUUUGGCAGUCGAUAAGUGCCGACCAGAUCAUCGAUGGCGUCUUCCUCGGUUGUAAAGAAAGCGCCACAAACAAGCGAUUCCUUCUAGAUAACAACAUCACUCAUAUAUUGACCGUGGCUCAUUUCAAACCAUUGUAUCCAAAGUUAUUCAAGUAUAAGGUGAUUGAUAUUGACGAUGUGGACUACGAGAAUAUAGCAAUGUACUUUAAUGAGAUGAAUGAGUUUAUUGAUGAAGCAGUGGCCACUGGCGGUGUCUUGAUACACUGUCGCGCAGGUGUUUCCAGGUCAGCAACUGCAACUAUGGCCUACAUAAUGUAUAAACAGAAGUUAAGCUUUGAUGAAGCAUUCAGUAUAACUGCAAAGGGAAGACCAAGAAUAUGUCCAAACAAUGGAUUCGUUGCUCAACUGAAAGAAUAUGGCAUUGAGCUGGCGUCCAAACAACAUCAACAACAGCAACAGCAAUCACCAACACAAACACAUACGCAGGUCGAACAUAUUGAAGUAGUGACGCCAACAUUGGUGGUCGAGCCAGUGCUGCUACAGCUGCCG